UUUGUUUCCCUUUAAUUUUUAUGUAAGAGAUGUUUCCUUUUCUAUUUAGUUUCCAAAACAGUGUAAUUGUUAUUCUGAUUUUUUUGUUAACCAUUAAGCUCUACCUCGAAAUUACGAAGGGAGUCUGUAAAAGCACUAAACGACUUGAUGGGAAAACGAUUAUUAUCACAGGUGCCAAUACUGGUAUCGGUAAAGAAACCGCGCUUGAUCUUGCUUCUAGAGGUGGUCGUAUCAUUCUAGCCUGCCGAGAUUUGAAAAAGGCAUCUGUAGCCAAAGAUGACAUUGGUCAAAAAUCAGGAAACUACAAUGUCUUGGUCAAGAAACUUGAUUUGGCAUCCUUGGCAUCAGUCAGACAGUUUGCUGAAGAUAUAUUAAAAAAUGAACCUAAACUUCAUAUCCUUAUUAACAAUGCUGGAUGUGGUGGAAUUAAACAACAGUAUACACAGGAUGGACUCGAAAACCAAAUGCAAUCAAACCACUUUGGGCAUUUUUUGCUUACAAAUUUGUUACUAGGUUUAAUGAUCAGGACUGCCGAAAAAGAACAAGAAAAUGCCCGCAUCAUCAAUGUCAGCUCCGACGCAAACCACCUUUGUAGAAGUCUGAACUUUGAAGACCUGAAUUUCGUUCGAGACCGUACGGCGGGAACGUUUUUGGCGCCUUAUAAAAUUUAUGGAACGUCAAAGCUGUGCAAUAUUCUUUUCAGCAUUGAACUAGCUAACAAGCUCGAACUCCAUGGAAGAGCUGUUACGGUGAAUUCUCUUCAUCCAGGUGCCGUGUACACUGAAUUCGGGCGCUUUUCCAGCAUAGUUUCGACGAUCAUGACCAUUUUGGUUUCUUUUUUGAAGACCCCCAAGGAAGGUGCGCAGACUACCAUUUACUUGGCUGUGGCAGACGAAGUUGCAAAUGUGACUGCACAGUAUUUUCGCGAUUGCAAGAUUGCCAAACCAUCAAAGCUUGCCCAAGACAGCGGAAUGGCAAAAAAAUUGUGGGAUGUAAGCGAAACGCUCGUUCGUCUUGAAUCAUAUGAAAAAUUCUUUUGAUGGUCGAAUUUUUCGUCCAUCUCCUUCAAAUUAGCGGGGAAAAUUUAAUGAUCUAUCAUCGCCGCCAUAACAUCUAAAUUGACUUGGUAAUUUACUGAUAAAUAACCAAUUUAGACUUUAGAAAGAAAAUAACCGCUCUGUUUUAAUUCUUCCUGUAUGCCUGACAGUAAUUCAUUAGACCAUUUCUUCAAGA